ACGAUUCGAAAUGUGUCCGUCAAAAUUUGUUGUGUACAUACUGUUGAUUUCCGUAAGGGCCAAGUCAAGCUUGGAAUCGCAGGCGGGCCAGAUGCAUUCGGCGCCCAGUCAGAGGCAGGACCGACCUUCGGACUUUCAGUUCCUGAUCACGGGUGGCUAUCGCCCGGACACCAACGACCUGGUCAAGUACACGGUUUCGCUGCGCAUGGGCAAGCCGAAGAAGUUCUUCGGCGAUAACCACUUCUGCGCGGGAACGAUCUUCAGCGAGCGGGCCAUUCUCACGGCGGCCCAUUGCAUGUUCAGCAAUCGGCGCAAGCUGAAGGCCAAGAAGCUGAUGGUCGUCGCCGGGACGCCAAGGAGGCUGCUCAAGAGCAGUACAACGCAGAUAAUUGAGGCCGAGGAGCUACUGCCGCAUCCCAAGUACAAGAAGGGCAAGUCGCAGAAGUACGACAUUGGAUUGAUCCUGUUGGAGGGGGAUCUCAGUCUGGGUGAUGCCGUUGCCAAAAUACCUCUGUACAACAAGGUUCCGGUGGCCGGAGCCCAGUGCUCCAUCGUCGGCUGGGGCACGGUCAUUCAGUUCGGCCCACUGCCAGAUGAGGCCGUCAACGGCGAUAUGCAGAUCCUGCCGGACACCUUCUGCGAAAAGCUGCUGGGCUGGUCCAACGCGGGCAUGCUCUGCGCCAAUGACAAGCAUGACUCCGAUGUGGACAGCUGUCAGGGCGACUCGGGCGGGCCCCUCAUCUGUGACAACAUGGUGACGGGCAUCGUGUCCUUCGGCAUGGGUUGCGGCGAGCCUGAUUCGGCUGGGAUCUACACCGAUGUCUACCACUUCCGGGAUUGGAUCACUGAGAACUCCUGCCCCCUAGGCACACAGUCCGUGUGGACGCUGUUGCUGCUGAUGCUCCUGGUCACAGGGAUAUCCUAGCGGUGCUGGUCGGUGAGCCGGCUGGUACAACUAGUUAACCUGCCAGGCUGCAAACCUCCGAGCCUGCAUACGACAAACCAAAAUUGACUAAAACCAGCG